AUGCAGAAAGGUUGCUAGAAGCAUAGUGAUUUCAUAGUAGUUUCAGCUAAUAAUCCAGUGUUUUUGAACUAGAUCCAGUGUUGUUUGAUAACAUAAUAAUUGUAAAGGAAAGUGUAACACGUUUUGGUGCAAAGAUUACAAAAUGAGUAAAAUCAGAUGUAUUCGUCCAUUCAAAGACAUUCAGUGUUCGAAAGAGCUGCGAUAUCUCACGGAUGGUAUCAUCCAAAAACUGAAGUCAAUUGGAUUUUCCAAGGUAUCCACACUGAACACCAAGGAUUUUCGUAUUUGUUCGUCUUGCCGUCUACAUAUUGAUUCAAGAGCUCACCUCACCCAAAACGAAGAACAAAGCGUAGCCGGUGGCUCAAGGAUGCCAACUGUUCAGACCAUACCUGUUGUACCUGAUUCGCAAAGCUAUGAAAGUUUGGUCACGAUACCAUCAGCGUCAACGCUAAGCACAAUUCAAUCAAAUGAAGACUUCACGAUGCCUGUAGACGUCGAAAUAUUCAACCGAGGAAUAGCAGCUAUUCGUGUUUCGCCUAUAGAUUUAGGUAAGGUUAAAAAUGUUCACUAUCCUGAAAAAAAGUGCGCUGAAAUCGUCGAAGGUGUACGAAGAAAUCUUUUUAAAUUAGACGCUAAAACAGAAAAAGCAAACGAGUUUAAUGAAGUCAUAGAAAAUAUGAAAAUUAAAUUUUUAAAUUCAGCCACAAGGCAAGAAAAACUAUCAAUUUUAUCAUUGUUACCAAAAUCAUGGUCAGUACAAAAAAUUGUAGACGAAUUUAAAACUAGUAGAAAUAUGGCAUCAGAUGCAAGAAAGGAAAAAAAUAAUGUAUUAGAUUCAUCUCAAGGUUCAAGCUCUGGAAAAGCUUUGAGUAAUGAAACAAAAGAACUGGUUUUGAAUUUUUUUGAGGACGAUGAUAUAAGCCGUGCAAUGCCAGGCCAAAGAGAUUUUGUUAGCGUAAAGACAGGAAAUAAGAGAUUAGCUGUUCAGAAAAGAUUGUUAAUGAUGACAUUAAGAGAAGCUUUUAAUCGCUUUAAUGAAGUGUACGUCAAUGUAAAAAUAGGGUUUUCAUCAUUUGCAAGCCUCCGGCCAAGGCAAUGUAAACUAUUGACUAUCACAGGAACACAUAAUGUUUGCGUUUGCACUACGCAUGAAAAUGUCAAUUUAAUUCUACAUAGCUUAAAAAAAAUACAAUGUCUUGAAUGAUCUAAAAACAUUAACGAAUAGAUUACUUUGCGAAAAUAAGACAACUCAUUGCCAUCUACGAAGAUGUAAAAACUGCCCAGAUACCUCAGUUUUAGAAGACAGUUUAUUGAAACAACUGGAAGAAAACUUUGUUGAAAAGCUUUCAUUCGAACAAUGGGUUACCACUGACAGAUGUGAUUUAGAAACUAUUGUAAAGCAAACCGAUGACUUUGUUACAUUUUUCAGCUCAAAAUUAGAAAGUUUGAUUCCGCAUGAUUUUGUAAAAACCGAACAAUCCAAUUUUUUGAAAACUACAAAACAAAACUUGCAAGAUGGUGAAUUUUUGGCUAUUUGUGACUUUUCUGAAAAUUACAGCUUCGUUUUGCAGGAUGAAGUUCAAUCACACCAUUGGAACGUGCAACAGGCCACAAUCCAUCCUUUCGUAAUAUAUUAUACUGAAAAUAGGCAAAUUAAACAUUUUAGCUUCAUUAUAAUUUCAGAAGAACUAAGACAUGAUUCAGUCGCUGUUAAUUUGUUUAUUGAUAAAAUGAUGAACUUUUUACAAAUUGAUCAAAAUAAAAACAUGAAAAAAAAUUAUUUUAUGUCAGAUGGUGCUGCUUCACAGUAUAAAAACCGAAAAAACUUUUCUAGCCUUUGUAAGUUUAAGUCAAAGUAUGGUAUUGACGCUGAAUGGCAUUUCUUCGCAACAUCGCACGGAAAAGGUCCAUGCGAUGCUAUUGGAGGUACGAUAAAACGCAUGGCUACCAGAGCAAGUUUAGCCAAAGAACGCGAACACCCGAUAAAGACUGCAAGAGAGUUGUUUAAUUGGGCAAACAAACGUAAAGAAGAAGAACUUACAAAGUUGCCAUUUUGUUAUUCUACUACAGAAGAAUACGAAAAUAUGUCUUUGCAGCUGAAUAAUCAAUAUAAUAAUGCAAAAACAAUUCAAGGAACUCAAAAAUUCCACUCAUUUCUUCCUCUAUCAGAAAAUACAAUAAAGGCAAAGCUUUAUUCAAACUGCCCUGACAAUGAUGCCAAAAUAUUCGAUAUUGUUAAGAAAGUUGUGUAAACAAUAAUUUGAUAAAAAUACAGGAAUAAAAAUAAACUGAUGUACAAAGUAUAAUGUUAUUUUUUAUUGCGCACAAAUACCACCCCUGAAAAAUAAGCCUUAUUCGCUCUUUUGAAUCUUGCUAAUUGAGGAGCUUGCGAUAUGCAAGAGUUGAAUGCACAUUUUCAACACAAUACACCAAAAACCACUGGAAGAAAUCAUUGUUCCUGAUAGUGGGAUUUUGUAACUUGUUUUUCAAAAUACUUUUAAGGCAGAGAAUUUCACACAAAUCUUUAAGCUGU